UGUUCUUGCCCUUGUCAGCAGUGGUUGGGAUAGGUGCCUUGAGCGCUACUGAAGAACUUGGAUGAGUUGAAUAAAAUGUGAAAACAGCUUUCAAAACAUGCCUGAUGCCCUUUCUGGCUGCUGGUAAGUGACACCAGUGGAUUAUGCAAGUGGAGUUGUGAGGAUGAGUUGAGUUUUUUUAGACAGCAAAUCUUGAGGACAGCCUGCAGGGACAUUUCUGCUGUGAGAGGAGCAACAGCCUCAGAGAAAGCACAGGCAAGACAGUGGGGGUGUGGUGGAAACAGCAAUUAAGAUCAGUAAUUGCCUUCUUGUGUUCUUUCUGCAGGGCUAUGUAUAUUUUUGGGCAAGCAGUCAGUACACAUGGAGUUCUUUGUCUUCUGCAGCCUUUUGUAGGUGUUUAGAUUCACCCUGUCGAAUGGAAUUAAAGGCACUCCUUUGGGGAGCACUGCACAGCCCCAUCCCUAUAAGGUCUGCUGUUCUUCAUAAGGCAGCUUGGUGCCAACAUCCCAAACAGCCUAUUUCACUAGCUGUACUCUAGAAAUCUUCUAAGAACUGCUCCUCUUUGUAGGGAUUUUUUUGGGGUUGAGGGGGUCUUUGCAUGUGCUGCUUCAGGGGCUGUGAAUUAAAUAAAAAGCAAAGAAUUACAGGCUCUGGAAUUAAUUCUGCUGAACAGGGCUCCUGCUACUGAGAUAAGGCAGAAACUAAUUCAUAAUGCCUCAUGGGAGACAAGAACUCAGCCCCAAAAUGGAGUUUAUUGUGAGGUCUGUUACACUUUUUGCCAAUAGCACUAGUUAUGUUUGAUUCUUCACUGUACUAUUUACAGUUCAUCUGUAUUGCUUACUGUGAAAACUCAAUUAUAUCACUUCAUUGCUCUUGGUUCCCAAGUCUGCAUCUCCACCCACAGUUGCACAAGGCUACUGGUUGCUUCCUUUUACCUCUGCCCCAAGAAGGCUACUUGAUGAAUAUUCCUGCCCUCAUCUGCCAGCUGCAGCUUUGUGCCUGAGCUCUUGGCAUGCAUGUAGUCAGUAUUUUCAGUGACACGUUCCUCAAACUGAUUGCUCAAAGGGAUGUUUCUGGCUGAGGUUCCCACCUUUCUGACCCAGCCUCUGCUGGAUCUUAAAAUAAUGGUAUCAAUUAGCAUAUUGCAGCAUAGUGAUGUAUUAAAUAACACUCAAGAAUGGAAAUAAUCCUCAUUUUCUUGGAUCAGGAAGAGUGGUAGGAAAGAAGGGAGAUGAAAAUCCAGAAAUCUUCAAUGUGACAGGGAAGAGUUCUGAACAAUUUCAACAGACAGAUUCGUAGCAAUUUUAUAAUACGAGUUUGGAAGUGUGAAAUGAUGAUAAGUGUAAUUCUCAUUUCCCUGGUUUUGUUUCUUCUGAGUGCACAGUUCCUGAAUUUGCAAUGGAAGAGUCGUGGAUUUCCUCCUGGACCAACCCCAUUUCCCAUCAUUGGAAGUGUCUGGUGGAUAAACUUUAGAGCUGAUCACAGGAGCCUGAAAAAGCUGGCAAAAACCUAUGGCAACAUCUGCACCCUGUGGGUGGGUCACAGACCUAUGGUGGUGCUCUAUGGGUUCCAAGCUGUGAAGAAUGGUCUCACCAACAACUCGGAGGAUGUUUCAGGGCGACUGCAGACCUACAUUUUCAACCAAAUGGCAGAUGGAAAGGGUAUCUUGGUCUCAAGUGGUCUCAUCUGGAAACAACAGAGGCAUUUUGGAAUUGGAACUCUCCGAAAACUGGGAAUGGGGAAUAAAGGAAUGGAGCGUGGGAUCCAAACCGAGGCCAGUUACCUGGUGGAGUUCUUCAGAGACAAGGAGGGAGAAGCUGUGGACCCUUCCUUCCCCAUUGUCCAUGCUGUCUCCAAUGUGAUUUGUGCUGUGGUUUUUGGACAUCGUUUCUCUCUGGAGGAUAAAACCUUCCAGCAGCUGAUUGAAGCCUUCAAUCAUAUAGUAGCUUUUGGAAACAGCCGCUUUCAUUAUAUGUGUGAAAUGCUCCCGUGGUUUGCAGAGCACCUCCCAGGACCUCUACAUAAAGCAAGAUUUUCCCGGGAUUUUGUUCGUUCCUUUGUGAGGCAGGAGAUCAAAAGCCACAGGGAAAAAGGCAGAAUAGAUGAACCAGAAGAUUUCAUUGACUUUUACCUGAAGCAGAUAGAGAAAACUAAAAAUGUCCCAAAUUCUACAUUUGAUGAAGACAACAUGGUGCAGUCUGUUUUUGACCUUUUCCUGGGUGGCUCAGAGACCACAGCCACCACUCUGCGCUGGGCUCUGCUCUAUAUGUUGGUUUACCCUGACAUCCAAGACAAAGUCCAGAAGGAGCUGGAUGCGGUUCUGAGUCCCUCCCAUCUCAUCUGCUACGAGGAUCGCAAGAAGCUGCCGUACACAAAUGCUGUGGUUCAUGAGAUCCUCCGCUUCAGCAGCAUUGUUUUAAUCACAAUUCCCAGAGAAGCUGUUAAGGAUACCACUGUUCUGGGGUAUCAUGUUCCAAAGGGCACUCUAAUCAUGGCAAAUGUAGACUCAGCUCUUUUUGACCCUGACUAUUGGGAGACACCUCACCAGUUCAACCCUAGCCAUUUCUUGGAUGAGGGUGGAAAUUUUGUGACCCGAGAGGCUUUCUUGGCCUUCUCAGCAGGUCACCGUGUUUGUCUGGGAGAGGCAAUGGCCAAGAUGGAGCUUUUCAUCCUGUUCUGCAGCCUGUUGCAGAAAUUCAAGUUCACUGUACCAGAAGGCGUUAAGGAAAUUAACACAGAUAUUAUCUUUGGGGGCACCAUGAAACCCCAUCCAUACAAGCUCUGUGCAGUUCUGCGCUAGGUUUUUCAGCAUUAGAGAUUUAAGAGGCACAGACACAGGUUUGGUAGUGUGCUGGUAUUUCUGCAGCUUUAUGGUUCUCAUUUUUAGCUCAAAUUCAGUGCAAAUCUCUCCUUAUUGUGUUAUAUGUCUUAGAAGCCAGGCCUAAAAAAUACUCUAGUUUUCCUGUGUCUGGAAAGUGUCUGUACUUCAUUUUUUUCCU